AUGCAGCCAGCAGCACACCAAGCUCUCGUCACCCUCGUCGUCCUCCUCGUCUCCGUUAGUGGUGUUCGGUCGAAGUCGUUCACCGUCACCAACAAUUGCGGGUACACCGUGUGGCCGGGGAUCCUGUCCGCCGGGAACUCGCCGGCGCUCGACAGCACGGGAUUCUCGCUCGCGCCGGGCGAGUCGAGGACAAUGACGGUGCCCCACGGGUGGUCGGGCCGAUUCUGGGGCCGCACGUUCUGCUCCACGGAUCCCUCCGGCAGGUUCGCCUGCGCCACCGGCGACUGUGGCACCGGCCGGCUGGACUGCGCGGGCAACACCGCCAAGCCGCCCGCGACCCUGGCGGAGUUCACGCUGGACGGCAGCGGCGGCAUGGACUUCUACGACGUCAGCCUCGUCGACGGGUAUAACCUUCCGAUGCUGGUGACGCCGCAGAGCGGGGCGUCCGGCGGCAGCUGCGUGCCGACGGGGUGCAUGGUGGACCUGAACGGGAGGUGCCCAGCCGAGCUGAGGGUGGCGUUGCCGGCCGCAGCCGCCGGCGGCGACGGCGUGGCGUGCAAGAGCGCGUGCGAGGCGUUCGGGUCGGCGCAGUACUGCUGCAGCGGCGGCUACGGCAGCCCCAACACCUGCAGGCCAUCGCCGUACUCUCGGUUCUUCAAGGACGCAUGCCCACGAGCGUACAGCUACGCCUACGACGACGCAACUUCAACCUUCACAUGUGCCGGCGGCGACACGUCGUACGACAUCGUCUUCUGCCCCAGCACAGCCAGCGUCAAAUCGGUGGGAUCAGAUCCGGGAAUGGUGUACGCCGGCGGCGCGCACGUCGCGUCGUCGGCUCCUCGCGUUGGGGCCGCACCAUGGCUUCGGCCCGGCGCCAUUGUCGUCGGGGUUGCACUUCUCGCAUCAAUUUAGGAAGUUACAGUCUCCUGACAUAGUGCAGAAUCUAUGGAAAAACGCAGUGCAGCGCGCAGAUAUGCUUUGUGGUGGAGCAUUGGAGGUUGACUGUUGUGAAGCUAAACGAUUGGGAUAUGGGUCUUAAUAGUUUCCCCUUCUUUCAGUAGGGGAUGGGAUUCUUUUGUACAUUUGUGAUUGCAACACUAAAUUUAUUUAUAGUUAUAUGAAUUCUUU